AUGGCAGCAUCCACUUCUCCUCUCCAUCUCACCAUUUUUCUCUUCUUCUUCUUCUCUAUGAAAAUCCAAUCUCACCUCCACCAACUUGAUUCCAACCCUCUAAACCUCACUGAAACCCUAACCAAAAAUGGCGAAUUCAUCAUAUUUAUUAACCUUUUAGCAACAACUCCAGUUCCCUCUCAAAUCCAAAAACAACUCACCAUCUCACCACUCGGCCUCACAGUUUUUGCGCCCAGCGAUCCCGCUUUUUCCGAUCUCGAACCGGAUACAAUACUCAAUCUCACCGCUCAAAGAUUAAACGAGCUCGUCAGGUAUCAUAUUUUACCUAGAUUUUACAACUUGAACGAUCUUUUUUCGGUUAAGAAUCCGAUUAGAACUCAGGCGAGUGGUCAAGAAGGUGGUGCGUUCAGUCUUAACUUCACGGUGACAGAUGAUGGUGAGAGAGUUAAAGCGUUGACUGGAGUUGUUGGGGCUGAGAUCAAGAAAGUGUUGAGGCAAGAGUUUCCGUUGGCUGUUUACGGAAUUGAUGAGGUGUUGUUGCCGGCGGAACUGUUCGGAGAAGAGCCUCUGAUUAUGGAAGCUCCGGCUCAGCGGCUGCCGGAAGAAAUUUUGUUGGAGUUGGUUGAACACGGUGCAGAUUACUUAACAGCAGCCAAUAUUGGUUGUAAAAACAAUUAA